AUGCCAUCUCGUUGGGAAGUGAACGAAGAAGCUGGAAAAGAUUGGUUUUCCUCAUUCUUAAGACGAAAUUCAAGGCUGUCCAUUAGGAAACCUGAAACGACGAGCCAAGCUCGAGCUGCAGCCGUCAACCACGUCAUCAUCGACAAAUAUUUUGAUGACUUGUAUGACUUGUAUGAAAAGCACAAGCUUACAGAUGAAGAAAUCUUUAACCCUGACGAAACAAAUAAUCCAACAGUGGUGGACCCUCAAAAUAUUGUUGCCGAGAAAGGAGUUAAAGCUGUGAGUAGCUCUGUUGGUGGGGAGCAAGGGAUUAAUGUUACCAUGUUAGCAUUUGUAAACGCUGCUGGUGAACCUCACCAAAAUGAUAAUUUGCCUGAUGGUUUCCUCCCUUUAGCAUGUCCUUCCGGUUGGAUGACGUCUGAGCUCUUCUUGAUUUCGUUGCAGCAUCUAUUGAAACAUACUAACUGUUCUCCUGAGAAGCCAAUCCUUCUUAUACUUAACAAUCACACUAGCCACAUUAGCUAUCCCGUAGUUGAGUUUUGCAAGAAGUUCACGUUUCCACCUCACACAUCUCAUGUGACUCAGCCCCUCGACAAGUGUUUAUUUGGUCCGAUGAAAUUGGAUAUGUCACAAGAACACCGUCACUGGAUGCGAAAUCAUCCAGGGGAGAGAAUUUCCAUUUAUGAUGUGCCUCAGUUAACAAAAGUACCAUACGAGAGGAGAUUUAAUUCCAAAAACAUCAAAUCCGCAUUUACUGCCUGCGUAGCACCACCGAAUGAAACUGAAGGAAUGAAUUCACUGUCAGCUCUUGUGUCACAAAGAGAUUCUCAACAAGAUGUUUUAGGUGAUAUAGUUAAUCGUCAGCUAAAUCAGCAAGCUGGGGUGUGUAUUGACGUCCAAGCUGAUAAUGUUCUCCCGUCAAGUCAAGAAGAUGGAAUGUCACACUACCUUUUAACAAUAAAUAGUGGGAAGUUGCAAUUAACUACAAUUUCGACAUCUUCUAGUACUCUGCUUAGAUCUGCUGUUUUGCCAUUAACACUCACUGAAAUGCCUUCAAACGAGCUGCAUCGUAAAAGCUUUACGCCAGAAGAAGUGUUACCUCAUCUUAGAGUUGCCCAAACAGGACCAAGAGUACCCAGAAACACGAACAGGGGUUCUUCUCGUGUACUGACAAAUUCUCCAGAAAUUGCUAAGUUAAAAGAGGCACACAACGCAAAAGUGUUGAAAGAACACAAUCGUAUUUUAAGGGAAAACAAAAAAUUGAGCAAAGUCCAAAAAGAAAAUAACAAAAAAGUUUGUACUGCAAAGACUACAGCAACGACAACUCUACGUACCCAAUCAGAAUCAGUGCACCCACCGUCCAAGUCGCCUUUAUUGGAUUCAGCUACGGCGAAGGCGACGAAGAAUAAAAGAAAAUCGAAAUGCAAUAAUGAAAAUGUUUAUCCUGACAAGAACUACUCCCCGUCGCUGAAAUCAAAGGCUACUAUUCAACGAACCCGGAUUCCUCGUGAAGUGAAACGUGUGUUGUUUUUGGGUUAA